CUUUUUGGUAUCCCUAUGGAAGCAGCCGUUUAUAACUGAUAAUAGGAUCAUAUGGAGAAGUUGAGGAGGGGGAUGGCUCUUCAUAUUCAUGAAGCCUGCAUACUUCUGUUAUUAAUCUCUGGCUUGGUCACCCCUGCUGCUAUCAAUCAUGAAGACUACCCUGCUGAUGAAGGGGACCAGACCUCAAGUAAUGACAAUCUGAUCUUUGAUGACUACCGAGGGAAAGGCUGUGUGGAUGACAGUGGUUUUGUAUACAAACUGGGAGAACGUUUUUUCCCAGGGCAUUCCAACUGUCCUUGUGUCUGUACUGAGGAUGGACCUGUUUGUGAUCAACCAGAAUGCCCCAAAAUCCACCCAAAAUGUACUAAAGUGGAACACAAUGGAUGCUGCCCGGAAUGCAAGGAAGUGAAAAACUUUUGUGAAUAUCAUGGAAAAAAUUACAAAAUCUUGGAGGAAUUUAAGCCCUCUCCAUGCGAAUGGUGUCGCUGUGAGCCCAGCAAUGAAGUUCACUGUGUUGUAGCAGACUGCGCAGUUCCUGAAUGUGUCAACCCAGUCUAUGAACCAGAACAGUGUUGUCCUGUCUGCAAAAAUGGUCCAAACUGCUUUGCAGGAACCACAAUAAUUCCGGCUGGCAUUGAAGUGAAAGUGGAUGAGUGUAACAUCUGUCACUGUCACAACGGGGACUGGUGGAAACCUGCUCAGUGUUCAAAACGUGAAUGCCAAGGGAAGCAGACUGCAUAGAGGCAAAAUCCCAACCAAUGACAAGUCCAUAAAAAAUGUAAUGGCUUCUACACUGCACAUGUUAAACCUCCUGCCAGCUGUAAAAGGGUCACCAGCAAAACCUUUUAGGGUUAACAAAAGUAAAUAUUUUACUAACAAGAAAGUUCUGUCUCUCAUUCUCUCUGUCUUGCAAUCUCUCUCUCUCUCUCUCUCUCUCUCUCAAUUUCUCAUUCUUUCGCUAUACAGAAUAUAUAUACAGUAUCUAGAUAACUAUUCUGCUUUUGUAAGCACCAGUGCUUGAUGAGGACUCAAAAACUGGGUUUUUUGGAAGGAAAAUACUUAUACAAGUUCCUCCACUGCUGAUGCCUCCAACCUGCCAAUUAAGUUACAGCUCUUUCAUCACUUCCUACAACAUGAAUUGCAUUUUUUUCUGUUGUGAUUUUUAGUAUCUUCCUAAAAUUUGCACAGCCAGAAUUGUCCAGGUAGUAAGAUUAGGAGAGAAACAAGAACAAAUCAUUUUUAAUGACUACUGAUACUAAAAAAGACACUGAGGGAGGGAGGGAAGGAGGAAUUAAUUAAAAGAAAAAGGAAACGGUAAUACAACUUGCUAGAUGCACAGAGACACAGUGAUUGGACAGCCUAGGAGCAAUCUGUCUGUGUUAUGCUUUCUCCACUGAGUGGGGAUAAUCAAUAUGAAGGAUUCAACACAAUAUUCACAACUGAUACACUUAAAUCAUCAGUCAAGUCAACAAAAGAUACUAGGAACGUUAAGUGGGUGGAUUUGAUUCCAUUGCUACGGGUGAAUAUCAUGGGAAACACAAACCAAAAUAAUUUUAAAUAUAACACAUAAUAGGUUCAGAAUACUAAGAUAAAACAUGUGCAGCAUUUGUUACCAACCAACAGUCAUCAGUCUCUUUAUUAUGGGCUGCUUAUAAUACACUUCUACAUUUAUAUCUGGUGUAACUACUGACUUAAACCAAUGAUUAGUUUAUCCCUCUGUAAGUUCUGGUAGCAUAAACCCUGGAGCCAAGGUAAGUAGAUCCAUAGUUAGUCUGAUCAGCAUUGGCUUCUGAGAUGAGUUGGCUUAAACAUGCAGUUUCCCUGAAUUAUGUCUGAGUUUACCUUGUGACUGUGCCAUUAUAGCGCCUCAUCCUAUACAGUAUCAGUGCCAAGCACUGAUACCACUGAAGUCAAUGACAUUUCAAUUGAGUUCAAUGAGAUCAAGAUUUGCCCAACUGUUUCCACAACAAAGAUGGAAUUAAACAUAUCUCUAAUCAGCUCCCAGUGGAAUUCCCAGAGCUCUGUUUGUUGGCCAUUUCUUUAUGAUUUACAUCACUGGAAAAGGUGCAAGUUAAACAUGUUAAGAUCCAAGUAUAUAAUUAGUAAAACUGCCCUGGAAGACAGGCAAAAAAGUACUAGUGGACAACUUGUGACAUCAUAGAGCAAGCUAAAACCGUGUCCCUAAUAACACAAAGAUAUGAAUUCCUGCUUAGUGUAUUCUACUGUCCUAUGUAUGGACAGUGGACAAGACAUUUUGCCACCCAAACCCCUAUGAAGGAUCCCUUCACUUUUCACGCACCUCUCUUCAUGAUCCCCCCCACAAGCCCUGCAGCAUAAAACUCAUUCUGGUUAAGGAACUCACGUACGCCCAAGAAAUGAGCAUGAUGCUUGAUACCAUUCUAGGAGUAGAUGAUUGAUGUUGAAUAUGUGACAUCUACAUGCAAAUUUAUCAUGGGAGCCUUUCCAUUGACUUCAUUGGAAGCUGGAUAGAGCUUAGAGAAGUUUGGUGUACAAUGUGUAGCACCACUGAAGUAGGCUCAGUUAGAGUUUCCCCCAGAUUUAUAAGGGAGCUCUUCAUACAAGGUUAUAUUAUGACCUCAUGCCUGUGCUUGAGUAAUAACUUCCUUUAGGAAGCCAGUUGCUUCAACUGAAGCCAGUGGGAUCAUUUGUGGAACAAGAGAAUUUGAAUGUGUUCCACAGACAUAAUUUGUCUUCCCUCUUCAGAACACCUAGUUCUAUCAAGAGAGAAUAGCUAUUCCUAAAAUUAAUAAUGUGAGGAUCUUGUCCUCACGGUCCUUCAGUACAAUGUUUACCUUCCAGUGCAAAUAGCCUGACUGUCAUCAUCCUGCAGAACAGGAAGAGAACUUUCUGUAGAGCAUCAGCCUAUAGCUAGACUGGUAGCUUGCUGUUGUGGCUAUUAAUUCAUGCUGCACAACUGUGAAUCAGCCAUGAGCACCCCUGCAUGAUUUAUUCAUAGCUACACAAAGUAGAGGCAUUCCAUUGUUUCCACUCGUGGAAAGAUAGAGAUGUGCUAUCUGGUAUCUGAUGGUAGCCAAGUACUGCCUUCAGAAUUCACAGUCCUGGGAAUAAAAAAUAAAUGAUAGGGUUGGAUUUUGAUACGUAAAAGAAAACCUCUAGUGGAGUCAUGACGCUUAGUGUCCUAUGAAUUAUUGAGGAGCUACUGUGUCCUUUGUGGGACAACUGAAAAAGAAAAUGCAAUUGAGAAACCCAAGAUGGAAUCAUUCUGCCUCAAAAGAGAAGCAGAGCAAGAGCUGCAACAAGAAUUUACUAGGGUAGAGUACGAUGUUCUGGAGGUCUUCAGAAAACAUCUAGACACUUUGCUGGAGGGGAUGAUGCUCCCUGUCCUUUGUUACCAGUCAGAGAGAGUCUUUCCCUGGAGUUUCACUGCAAGCUACUUCUUCUUAAGAUCUUGUAGCACUGACACCUGUUUCUUUAUCUUGCUGGAGACAUGAGCCAAAACUGUGAUGGAACUACUCAAAGGGGUGAUACCAUUUUAUAGCUCUAUUGCAACCAAGUUACUGAGAGAGUCUUUAAAGUCAUUGGUUAUGAUUUCUUUGCGUUUUUUGUUAGUAUGAUUUUGUUAAAUCUUUUAGCCCAUUAAUUGUCCUUAUUAGAAUCAAUGACAAAUACUUAGGGCUGGACCCUCAAGCUGGUAUAAUGGACAUAGUCUGAUUGAAAUCAGUGUACCCUAGUUGAAGAUCCAACUAUUUGUCUAUUUGUCUUCAGUGGGAACAGUGUUCACAACCAGACUGUUGCCUCUAUGUUCUUCUUUCUUCCCCAUUUUUUUUUUUAAUUUUUGAGGGCCAAAUUCUCAACUGGUGUCAGUCAGCAGAACUCCUUUGAUAACACCUAAGCUGAUUCACUCCAGGUAAGGAUCUGGCCCAGGUACUUUAACUGCUACUAUUAAAUAAGGGAUCAUCAUACUUAUUUGAAAGCUGAUGCCUGUCAAUGACUAGCCAGUUUCAAAAUCUUUAAACAAUAGCGUGCCUGAAAACUAGUGAAAAAAACACUAUACUGUAAAAAAAAUGGGGUUCUAGCAACAAUAUUUGAUGUGUAAAAGAAUAUAUUAUUAAAAAUUAU